AUGACGGGUAGAAAUACAAAGAGUGCCAACAAAGCAGCUGCUUGUGAUAAGGAAGGCAUUAAUGUAGUAUCUUUUUUGGUAGUUGUCAAAUCUGAAGUUGGUAGAAGUUUGCGAGCAAUCAAUAAUGAUGUGAAAAGUGUUCAAAUAACGCUGAACAAGGUUGUCGAGGCAAAGAAGAGGAAAGCCAACAUAAUGCUACUCGGAUUGAAGGAAGGUGCUGAUGAUGAUGACAGGGUUCAUAAAAUAAUUAACCAUUUAACUGAUGGAGUUUUUGGUCUUAAAAAUGUCUUGAAGGUGAUACGAUUAGGAAAGAAAGGAGACAAAAUUGUCAGACCAAUUUUCCUCAGAUUUGACGAUGCAAAAAUUAAAGAACUUAUCUUCAAAAAUAUACGUAGGAUGAAAACUUUAGAUGAUAGUUUGAAAAAUAUUCGGUUAAGUCAUGACCUGACAAUUCAACAAAGGAGCGAAUUGAAAAAAUUACUUGAUGAUGCCAAGAGGAAGAAGGAGAGUUGCAAAGAGGGUUUUUUAUAUCGAGUCAUAGGGGAGGUCGGGAAAUGGAAGAUAGUUCAGUUUUUUGCAAAAAAAGACUCAAAGUCAAUUAUGAAAAAGGUUGACACUGUUCAUGAGUUGAUUUGUGAUGGUUUGGAUGUCAUGGUGCUGACAGAAACUUGGCAUGGAUUGGAUGGUAAUUUUGCAAUUGGUUUGGCAAAGCCGCCUGGGUUUCAGUUUGUUGAUUAUAUAAGAGAGCAUGAUCCGGGUCAUGGUGGUUUGAUAGUUUACUUUCGCAAAGAGUUCAAACAUAUAAAAAGUUAA